UGUUUAUCCCAGGUAGGUAUGCUAGGUAGGUAUGCUAGGUACCUAUGCCAGGUAGUUGGUUGGAUUCUAAAUCUCUACGUCCAAGUCGAAAGUCUCCGUACCCAAGUCUAAUCUACUCUACUCCGGAAGGUACCACCAAAAAUAUCUCAUCAAUUCCCCCCAUCCCUAUCCAUCCAUCCAUCCAUCUAUCUAUCCAUCCGACUAAACUCAAUCUCUCCAUCACUCCAUCGCUCCAUCGCUCCAUCACUCAAUCAUUCAAUCCCUCACUCACUCCCUCCCUCCCUCACUCACUCACUCACUCACUCGCCCCAACCCACUCACCCACUCACCCACUCACCCUCUCACUGUCGCUGUUCUGGGGGUCAACCCUUCACAAAUCCAUCCCCAUUUUCUUCCCAUCCCCCUCAAACUUUCCAUCAUCUUUUCAUCCGAACUUGACAUUUACAACAUUCUCCUUGUUUUUUCUAUCUUUUUUCUAUUUGUUGUCCUUCUUUUUUACUUCUUUUCAUUGAAUAUCCAUUGCAUCCCUCUCAAUUCGCCCCGUGAAACGAAUAGCAUUCCUCUCUUCAUUCCUCUCGGUGUCUCUCUCCCAUACUCUUUAGAAUCUUCCCGCAGCCGCAGCAACCGGCCAACCGACGAAUUCAACCAAAAAAGAAAAGGUUGUUUCAGUACGCACAAUAGGGAUAUACUCAUCGAGGUUGGCAGACGAUUCUCUUCUCAAUUCAUUCAUCAAUUUAUUCACCAGCUUAUCAUACCAUGCUUUAAUAGAAUUCAGAAAAAAAAGAGAAAGGGCUUCAACAAGAACUCACGGUAACAGUGUGUUUUGCCUGGACGCGAGAGGGAAGAUUGAUCGACCUCCAACCAAAUUUCUGGCCGCGGGCGACCUCCUUCUUCCAUUUAGAAACCGAAACCUUUUCACAACCUCACGAAAUUUUAAACAAGGUCAACCGUUAACUCGUCUUGACUUUCAUCUUUCCAACCAACAACUCUCGUAAUAAUUGUUCAUUUGUCUAUCAAUUCCAUCAAAAACUUCUAGCUUUCCUUGAAGGUCCGUCAACUCCAACAUCGCGCUUGUAACCUAUCAAGUACAGCAAGCCGUACCUAUCCACAUUGAAGUGGAAAUUAUUUCAACUUGCUAACCUUCUAUCCAUCACAGUCUUUUCCAUACUUACUCAAUUAGAAUCUACAUUGAGUUCGAAUCUUUUUUUUUAUGUAGAUGGCAAAUUAGCUGUUUGCUUUUCAACAACUCGAAAAUAGCAAGUCACAGCAUGGCCGCUCUCGUUCAAACACUACCGCAACAGACAACCACGGUCACUAUGCUUCAAACUCGACCUUCCUCUGCCUCUGGCACUCUACAACCUUCGCAGAACCAAGCUGCCUACCACCAGUACCCUGCCAACCCACAACAGCGAAAUAAUUUUCAUGGCUUGAACAACAAUAAUAUGGCAGCAUCAAAUUACCGCAGCCAUAGUUCUAUGGCCCCAAUGGCACCAUAUGCAUUUACCAGCACACCCGGUCUAUCCAUAGGAGGUCAACAAGCACCAAAUGGGUCUCAAUCCAGGCCGGAACAACAGAGAACAUCAUCAGCCCCUAUAGUUCCCACAUUACACAGCGGCUCAGGGAAUCCUUCAAGUCGCUCACGCUACCCUGCUGCCUUGUCUGUGUCAACAACAUCUUCGUCGUCAUCGUCAGAGCUUUCCCACAGAUCAGGAACAAGGGAUGAUUCCGCCAUCACCACAGCUCGAGUUGCCACUCGAGCUCCUCGACCAAAUUCCACCAUCAUCACGUCAUACAGUCAAGCUCCUGCUCCUCCUUUGGGUUCACCAGCAAAACCUGCCCCUGACCGCUAUCGCCGUCCUGCAGUUCGUCGUGCCGAGUCCUCGAACAGUAGUCAGGCCAGCGGCCCCAACUCUUCCGUCUCAUCCAUGCCUAAUGUCAUGCAAUUUUAUGGCGCUAGUACACAAGCCAUCAACACCCAGGCAUACAACUUACAGAUGCCCCAGUCACCAAAUCAACCAAGUGCAACGGCUGAUGAUAUGCAAUUGAAUCAGCGUACCACGUCGGAACAAGCAAAAAGAUAUCGACGUCGGAGCAUACACACAAUCGAUGCACACGAUAAUAGCAAUACUAGUCCAAGUCCUGGAUUUUUACAGCAGGGAUCAAAGCAAGCCGAUGGCGCUAGUGGUCGUAUUGAUCAGCAGCCUGAGCAACACGGGCAACACCCCCUGCGAAGUUCACCAGUCGUAAUGGUGCGUCCAGGAGCAUCUCACAGCCGUAAUGAUAGUACCGACAGCUUGAAAUCCACUCGCAGCGGUCCUUCGAGCCCAAACUCGGUAAGUCUUCAAUUUUUGUACCUAGUCCUUGCUUCCCCCCACUCAUGGUUCACGGGACUUUAUCGUGCAUACGGCGUCACCGCAAUUUAACCCUCACCAAUCACAUUAGUGUAGCACUAAAAUUGGGAGCACACUAACCUAUUUCAGUCGGACAAGCGAGAAGCAACAAGUGCAUCAAUGGCAUCUACCAGCCCCGCCCAAACUUCGACCUCUACCGUCGCAAACUCAAAUACCUCCAAUGGUAGAGACCAAGCGAUUUCUAAGAAUGAUCAGCCACGACUUGUGAAUAUUCCAGUUCGUGCAUCCUCAACCGAUGCCGCGAAACGACUUUCCAGUCCUUCCCCUUUAUCGAAGCCGACCAUGGGUACUGAGUCCUCGGCAUCUAAGUCCAAGGACUCGUUUGCCUCGGCGGUAAAUGCGGCAUUACAGCCAACACAAUCCAAACCUACGCCUGGACAGGCUGCAACGAGCCCCAAAGCCAUCAGCCCUGCUGCACAGCAUUUGGCUGCACUGAACGAAAAGGAAGGAAAGAAGAGUAAGACAUCGAGAUUAAGGAGGGCAUUUUCUUUUGGUUCUGCUGCCGAGCUACGAAAGGCAUCUGCAGACACCCAUGUCAGCAGGAGUGGCAAUGAUGUUUUGGAUCGUUCCAAGUUACGAAGAGAAAAAUACCAAAAUGAGCAAGAAGCUGAGCAAGACAAGAUUGCUCAGCGACAAGAAGCUGCAGGCAUCGGAUCCAACAUCUAUUCUGGCCAAGGCAAUUUCUUCACUGGUUCGACCGACAAUUUGUCUAUAUCCUCAACAGCCUCAUCGGCUUCAGUCAUGAUUCGAAAGAUGGGAAAGGGCAUGAAGAAAUCAACAAGAUCUCUUGUUGGUCUUUUCAGACCAAAAUCUGUUAUCGGUGUGCCCGCAGCUGAUGCGGCUGUGCCUGAAGCCAGCCGAGCUCAGGUCUCGAUGGUUAAUGUUGAAGCCGAACGGGAGAAGGUCAAUGUCAACGCCAAUGCUGCUGAUGCUGUUUCUGGUGGGACAGGAUUCCCUAGAUUGGAGAGGAAUUCUCUCGACGCUGCAGCUAUCAGCUCUGUGGCCACCGAUCGUCUGGGAAGUGCUAACACUGAGAGUUCUGGGCAUAGAAGAAGUAUUGUUGGUGGUGAGAAGGAGCGUGCUGAGGUCUUGGCCGCUGUCAAGAAGGGUAUUCUCAAACGUGGGUUGCUCAAAAUCGAUCUUAUUGUAUUUUUACUGAUUAAGUGAUCUCAGGCUCCGGUACAGGCUCUGGGAACUCAUCACCAGUUAUCCUUCCUGUCGAUGGAAAAGCAGCAAACUUUAACUUGCCGCAAAUUCCAAAUGUUAACAACGACUCACCUAAUUCUUCCACCCCUAGUACACCAAACGAUGACCAAGUCCAUAAGCAAGCGGUCAAUUUAGGAGGGGAGGAUUACUUCAUGUCUGCGCUCAAAUUCAAGGGGGAUUCAAGGAGUGUUCCUGGAACACCUUCCGGUACUACCAAAAGGAACGCUACAUUUAGUCCACGGAUCCAAUUCCACGACACUUGGCCAAGCCAAGAAUACGACCGUAGAGGCGAAAUUGCAACCUGCAAUCGACUCACCCCGAUGCUCGCUCAACAAAUUAAGGAGGAGCUUAAUACUUUCAAAAUGGUAUGUCAUUCUUUCAAAAAUCCUUGAUUACAUACUCACCAGAAUUAGGAAAUGGAGGUUCAUGAGAAUUCUAAGAUCUACACACACUUCUUCUAAUGAAACCACGAUUAUUCUAUUUGUUUAAAACAAGUUACGACUUACAAAGCUCCUCUGCUAUUGCAAGCAACUGUGUAGUCACAAACACACUCAAGACUAUCAAGGCGUUUAGCGGUCUUUCGCAUUAUUGGUGUACAGGAGUUCAUUCACAUCUGAGCGAUUUGGUCGAAAACAAUAUUAUUUCAUAGACUGGCGUCGGCCAUCUUUUUUCGAGCAUAAAUGUUGAAGAAGAUGAGGGAGGAUAUAUUAGGAGGGUAUUUUAGGGGCGACGGUAGAGAUUUGGGAAUUGAGAGAUGUUGUGUGUGAAGCUUUCCGAGGUUGUGAAGGAAAGAGGAGAGUUUCAAUUGUCUGAUACGCUGGUAAUUUGUUUCUCCUAGCUACCAAGGACGGUGGUACAAACUCGUACUCAAAAAGUUUCGAUCUCGGUUGGUUUCUACGGGUUUGUUUGAUCUCUAGGGUUUUUGAGAUCUGCACUUCGGUCAAUGUCAUGGUCUAAUUUUCGUUUUCUUCAUUUGGUCGGUCCGGUCUACUUUAUAUUCGUCGUCACCUCAUCGUCGUACUUCAGCGCCUGUUAUUAUGUUUGAGAAAGGAGGGAAAGAUGGGAGAGAAAUAGGGACGGCAUAUUCUACGUAAUCAAAUGAUACAAUACAAGCAAUGGUUGCCAAUUCAUACAAGUCUAGAGUGUAUUUGCAAGUGACUAUCUUGUAUGGACUCUAGACCCUGGGAUCCGGAGUGUAGGAGUGUAGAGUACUCAUGAAAUGCGAGAAACUUUCGGAACAAAUUUGUCUCCUUUUAUUGUCUUAGUAGAGGUUCUAGAUUUUCCAACGAGUCGGGAAUGGAAUUCUAGAUCUUGAGUGCACAAGUCAACAAACAUAAAAGCUUGGAUACAAUCCUGACCAUAGAAGAAUCUGGAUCGAGUUGAUUGAUCUAUUUGACACUUGGCCUGUCCGGAGUCAGACUUUCCGCAUGAAAUAUCGAGCUUGGAUGUGGGCUUCAUCCCACACUGUCUAGAUGAUAGCUUCAGGAGGUAAAUAUCAAUAAAGAAGAUAAUAAUA